AUGGUCUCGUCACCCAUCCAAAACGUCAUCGUCAUCGGGGCAAGUGGAAACGUCGGUCCAUCGAUUGUGAAAGCACUCCAGUCGGAUGCCAGCUUUUCACUCUCGAUCCUCGCCCGGCAAAGCUCCAGUGCAUCUUACCCUUCUGGGGUCCCCGUGCACCGGGUGGACGAUUCAUACCCGGAGAAGGAGGUGCUGAACGCAUUCCGCGGCCAGGACGCGGUGGUCUGCGCGCUGAGUUUGCAGAUUCUAUUGCAGCAGAUCAAAUUCAUCGACCUGGCCGUGGAAGCAGGGGUGCGAUGGUUCAUUCCCGCCGAGUUCGGAGCGAACAACGCGGGACAUGGGCACGGGGAAAAGAUCCCGCCUCACGAUGCCAAAGAGGCGGUUCAUGAACAUCUGGUGCGGAUGCAGAGCAAGGGGCUUUCUUGGACGGCCAUUGCCACAGGUCCAUUCAUUGACUGGGGCAUCGCAAAUGGCUUCCUCGGCUUCGACCUGCAAGCCCGACGAGCCAAGAUCUACGACACAGGAGAUGAGAUCUGGACCGGAACCAAGGUUUCCACCAUCGGGGUCGCGGUGGCUCGACUCCUGCGCAAGCCGGACCAAGUCAAGAACCAAUAUAUUCACAUCUACUCGGUGCGCACGAGCCAGAAUCAGAUUCUCGCCGCGCUGGAGGCGGUGACGGCGAAGGUGACGGAGGCGGCGACCACGACCAACAGUCAAUCUGCAUGGGAGGUCGAGCGAGUCACGAUGGAAGACGAGAUAGCCCGUGGUCGGAAGAUGAUGGAAGACGGGAACCGACUGGGUGCGGUGCCGUUGAUUCUGUCGUAUUUCUUCCGCCCGGGAAUGGGGCCCGACUAUUCACGGGACGUGGAGGCGGCGAAUGCGCUUCUCGACCUGCCCACGGAGAGGAUUGAAGACAUUGUGGGCGAGGUUGUAACUGUCAAAGGUUGA